UAGUAAUAAGUCUCCCAUGAUAUGGUCAAUGUAUGUACGUAUAUACAUUGCAUGUAAUACACUGCUUUGUAAUGGAGAGGGAGAAUGUGAGUGUAAUGGAGAGGGAGAAUGUGAGAGCCGGAGAUACAUGUAUGCGUAAAAGUGGCAAAGAACCCCUCCAAUAACCAUGGCAACCAACCAGGGCCGUGUGUAGAGUACUCUAGAAAGCCCUCCAAUAUCCGUGGCAACCGAGACACCCACACACACACACUAUAAUUAUACAGUACCACACACCACAAACCCACAAUGCGAACAUCACAAGUUUUCGGAUGCAAAUUUGUCUUUUAUCUCUUUCGCUCUGUCAGAUAAGGUUAAACACAAACGCACAAAAUGUUCAAGAGUCAUAUUUUGCCCCCUGCUCUACAGGACCAAGCAGCGAAAGAGAAAGCCAUGGCAGGGCUGUCCACAAUGUCGUCGGCCCAGAUCGUGUCUGCCUCGUCACUCCAGAACGCGGGGGCACACCGCAUGUUUGGCACCCCUGGAAUCACCGGGAACCCCAUCCCCAUGCACACCAUGCUCUCUCCCACUGGGCCUGGAGGAAGCCCCGUUCUUGUGAAACAUGAACUCAUUAACCCCGCGGCAGCUGGACUGAUUUGGCAUCCGUCUCUCUCCCAAGCUGGGCAGCAGUUUAUUCCGGCCAGCUCCAUGGCAACCACCGUCCCUCAACUGCAGGUUGCCAGGGCACCGGGACUCUUCGUGACCAGCCAACAGGCCAACGUGGAUCUCUCCCAGCCACCAGCUAGUGAAGAAGAGAGAGGGAAGACACCAUUUGUGAUAGCUAACCCAGCAGGCGCCAUGGGAGACACGCCCACUGCAAUACCUCACCUUCCUCCACCCAACCUGCCGCUAAAGAUGGUCGAGUUCUUAGCAUUUGUGGACAAGUCCAAGUCAGAGAACGAAAAUGACAAGAAGCACGGAUUUGUCAACAUCAGUCCCAACACAAGCUUCAUCGACCCACAUAUGGAGGCAGUAGAUAUCCUCCACAUCGCCGACAAGUUCCCCGAGAACAACGGAGGACUCAAAGACCUGUUUGAAAAGGGACCACGCGACCGGUUCUUCCUCGUUAAGUUCUGGGCGGACAUCGACACAGACCUAUUGGAUGAUUCCAAGGCGUUCUAUGGGGUGACUAGUCAGUACGAAUCGAGCGAAAACAUGACCAUCUCUUGCUCGACCAAAGUCUGCUCUUUUGGAAAACAAGUCGUGGAAAAAGUCGAGACGGAGUAUGCAAGAUUCGAUAACGGCCGUUUCGUGUAUCGGAUCAACCGGUCCCCGAUGUGCGACUACAUGGUCAGCUUCAUCCACAGACUCAAACACCUACCGGAGAGAUACAUGAUGAAUAGCGUCCUCGAAAACUUCACCAUUCUACAGGUGGUAACCAAUAGAGACACGCAGGAAACGUUGCUGUGUCUGGCGUUCGUCUUUGAGGUCUGUUCGACGGAGGACGGAUCAAAACACCACGUCUACCGACUCAUUAAGAACAGUGGAAACUAACGACACACGACUGCCGAAUUAAAUUUUCUAGUUCUGACUAUCCUAUUCUUGCUCCUUGCCAUACACUCACUCACUCACACCAAUUCACUCGCCACACCCUCACCAAAGCAACACUGCUAAAAUGUGGUCAUGAUAAAAAAACUCGUGGAUUUUGUUGUAAACAGAUAACGAAUUUUUCGUUGUUUCGAGCUCUUUAAGCUAAAUCGGAUUUGUAAACUUUCUUUUGUCAGCUAAUUUACUGUGUUCCUGUGAUUAUGUACAAUCGCCAUAUCUAACUUUCAUGUCAUUCACAAGGUGUAUAAACUUUAUUUAGUUGCAAUUCAUUUCUUUCCAUGCAUGCACACUUGAUUCAUCAACUUCUCUUUUUACUAUCCCUUCAUACAUGUUUACUUUUAUCAGCUAUGCGCAUGCGCAUUG